AUGAAUCUUGGUCUUAUUUUAUUCCGAACUGAAGUGGUCUUACUUUGUCAGAUGAAUCACUUAAAUGUUGAAUCUCUAAUUGGGUUCUGCGAUGAAGAGGGGGAAACAAUCCUUGUUUAUGAAUACUUGUGCAAUAGGUCGCUCUACGAUUGUCUCCAUGGUAAUGGUAUCAAUGCCAAUCCACUCCCUUGGGAGAAGAGGCUAGAAAUUUGCAUUGGUGCAGCUCGCGGAUUACAUUAUCUUCAUACCGGAGCCAAGUAUGCAGACCUCGUAGCGUGUCAACAAACUUCGAUAAAAAAAGAGACACCAGUUGUGGGUGCUUAUGGAUAUCUUGAUCCAGAAUAUCAUCGCACCAAGUACCUGUCGGAAAAAGUAGAUGUCUAUUCAUUUGGCGUUGUCUUACUCGAAGUAAUUUUUGAUCAAACAACAUUCUAUCAGAUGAUUGGUGAGUACGAUCUCUGGGUGGUUGGGCAACUUCGUGCUUCAGGAAUGGACCCUUUAUCAAAACAUUGA